AGUACGAAUUAACAACUGUAUUAUUGUUCGUGACAGCUCUGCAAUGGCUAAAGUACCCCAGCUUGGAGCGAACAUGGCCACGGCAGUCCGGCACUUCUGUUCGACCACUGUCAAUGCGAAACGUCAUAUAAAAACUAUGUACAGAACGAAGAUGCCUCAAGUUGUUUUGCUAAGCUGUGGUUCCUACAAUCCGAUAACCAAUAUGCACUUACGAAUGUUUGAACUUGCUCGUGAUAAUUUGCAAAGGAAUGGUCGGUACGAUGUGAUUGGUGGAAUUGUCUCUCCAGUAAACGAUAAUUAUGGCAAAAAGGACUUGAUCAGCUCAUAUCAUCGAUGUAAAAUGGUGGAGAAAUCUUUAGAGAGUUCUGAUUGGAUCAUAUUAGAUCGGUGGGAGAGCGACCUGAACUGCUGGACCGAGACUCGUCAUGUGUUGGCCUACCACAGCAACAGAUUGAAUAGUUCAGAGACAACCAACCAUAUCGGUGAUGAAAACCAGAAUCCGAAUGCAAUAUUGGUGAAACUCUUGUGUGGUGCUGAUCUUUUAGAAUCCUUUGGAGUACCAAACUUAUGGAGAAAAGAACAUAUCGAAGAAAUUGUUGGUAAAUAUGGUUUAGUGUGCAUCAGCCGAGCAGGAAGUGAUCCUUACAAGUUUAUUUAUGAAUCUGAUGUAUUAACGAAGUACCAGGACAACAUAACAAUUGUGACGGAAUGGUUAAGUAACGAAAUAAGUUCUACCAAAAUCAGACGAGCAAUAAGGAGAGGUGAGAGUGUGAAAUAUCUUGUUCAAGAUGCUGUCAUUGAUUACAUCAUCAAAGAGAAGCUGUACACAUCAGAGGACAAUAAGUACCAUUCUCUGUUGUCACCUGGCACUACUCGAUCCCUUACCAGUACUUCUACGUAUCUCACAUCCUACAUAGACUUCCAAGAACACAUCCAUCUCACUCCCUUGACCUAAUCACACAACACACACACUUUCCACUUCUCACUUCACUAGAUAACUGGUCGGACUAUUUAAAUGGUAAUUUGACCUUCCGGAAGCACUAAAGUUCCCUUAACGUGCAUUGAUAUACUAGAUAAUGUACCCUUACAAAAAUAUGGGAUGGUUGGAACCCUUCUGAUCAGCACCUUCAUAAUAUUUGAAUUUACAAUUUAUGCAGACAUAAUUCAACUUUUCUAGUGAACAAACCCUUAGAGAAAACUCCCCACUUUUAUGAUUGUCUUCAUCCUUAAUGACCCCUGAUUCUGCUUGCAUUCAGAUCCUCCAACAAAGGAUCUGAAAUAAUGAGAAAGUAAAUUUCACUAAUUAUUACUGACAGAUCUUUCUUUAUCUUAUCUUCUUGUCCAUUCCUCAGACCAUGUCUGUGAGAAUCAGCAAGUUGACCUCUUUCCAUCUUGCAUUGCUCUCUCUCUCUCUCUCUCUCUCUCUCUCUCCAGGGCACAUUUUACCUGCUUCGCUAUUCACUGCUUAGCUUUAAUGAGAAGAGAAACACUUGUCAGCCACCUACCUGCACUGCUUGCGCUGUACCAUUUGGCAUAAAUUGAAGAAAAGACAAGAUGGUCAUGGGUGGCUGGGAUGGCUUUGAUCAAAGGUUUCUUGGAACAGGACUGACCUGUGGCUAAGCACUCCGAUAACUAACAGUUGUGAUAAAAUGGUGUUGAGAAAAUUAUGGACGUAUGUCUCACCUAUAUAUCUGUACUGACCUAUGGCCAUACUGGGCACCAUUUACAGUCUGCUGUACCUUAGUACUUAUUGUCUUCAGAAGGAUGAAAUGUGUCCAUAGCUCCUUUUUAGGGUCCCCAAAUCUGGAGGGUAUUUAGAGAUUGGGAACCUGGUUUAUAUAUCUGAAAGCACCCAAGGGUGUCCAGGUGUUGUUGAGUGAUAGAUUAAUUCUACCACCCCAAGAACAGGUACCAAUCCAGCAGCCCCAAAUUUCACAAAGUUCUAAUCAAUUCAAGCCUAUAGUUGAUGAUUCUUGCCCAAGGUGUUGUGCAGUGGGACUGAACUUGAAGCCUUCUAAUUGUAAACAAACUUGUUAGCAACUCGGCUGGGUUUAUCCUCCUCACCCACCAUCCAAUAUAUAAACCCUCUGCAUCAGAUGAGUUGCAGUUUGGGAUAAAAAAAAACCCAUUAAAUUAUGCUGUUGUUUAGUGCAAGCAUAGUAGCAGUUGUGCUGACCUCUGAUCAUGCAUUCCAGCCAUGACCAUCUAGACUUUUCUUCACACAAUAUACGUCCAAAACCACAACAUAUUAUUUGAAGAUGGCAUUGUGUGAUUUGAGUGCUAUUUCUAGCCAGUCAGGCACCUAUUCAGAAGCUCCAUUAUUGGCUCUAAGUAAAUCUACUAAAAUGAGAAGUGGAAUUUGUUUGUUUUUUACUUUUGAGGUGUUCCUUGCUUUUCUUGUAUGUUUUGGCAAUAUUUAGUGUGGGUGGGGGUGAUUUUGUCAAAGAGAAAUGUGUUCUGUGAAUUUUGUUAAUGUUUGGUAAGAAAAAAGUCAAAGUACAUAUUUAAAAAUAUAUCUUAAUAAUCCCUGAGUUUGCUGGUUGUACACACACACUCACUAAUGGCCUUUGCUGGGUGUUAUGGAUGGUCCGAGCAGCAACCUUUUAACUUGUAGCUCUGCUCAUGAUUGAUCACCCUGAUGUUGGUCCUUACAACUCUUCCACUGAAAACCAGAUAUAAGUGAGGUGCUGCCUGCUUGGAUUGGUUUUUUUUUUUUUUUGGUCCUCAUUUUGUCUUCUCACCUGGGGAAUUGCAGUUGUCUCAUGGCAUUGUUCCAGACUUUUGCUAUUAGCAACUCUUUCCCCAUUUUUGAGAUUAGACUCUUUGAAAUCAGUUUUACUCUUCAUACUGAAUAUACUCACCAAAGAGCAACUGUUUUGGACUCCUAUAGUCUUCCAUAUGUUAAAAAUGGUUUAGCUCUCAUAAUAUACAAGAUUACAAGUGUUUUCACUUCAUAUGAGAGAAUGACAAAAGUAAAAUGUAUUUAAUUCGUUUUUUUUUUUUUCCUGCAGCAAAAGCUCAAAGCAGGAUAUAUUAAAAUAUUUUACAGAAAAACUUCCCAAUUUUAGUUAUUUUCUCUCAAAAACUUCUUUUAAUGUGUAUGCCUUAAUAGGAGUUCUUUUUACACAGAUCUAACACUUGUGUUUUGGCUGGGUUCUCAAUGGCAGUAUUUCUGCAAUUGGCUCACUUUUGUAAGACAGAGAAGCAGGCAGGAAGUAUUAUUUUCCCUUAUAUUAAAUAAUCUCUCUGUUUCGACAUUUCAGUAGUUUUUGUUAUUUUAUAUGCCAUCUAAUUUUGUUAUAAAGAGCAUACUGGAUGUUUUGGGCUUUCAGUCCACAUAAACCCUUGGAAAAACUCCGAGGAUUGGAAUACUCCAAAACGAGUACACAACUCUGAUGAACAAUAUGUUCACUGGAGAUGGAACUUGUUUAAUGUAACCAGUUCUAAUGAUGCAACUGGCUGUCGACAGAAAAGCAAGUAUAUUGUUUUUCAUUAAUCACUUUCUUGUUCAUAAUAAUAUAAAGAAAAAAACCCUUGCUUCUCACCCUUGCAAUAAGUAAAUGGACAAACCAUGCAAGAACAUAAAAUUGUGAACCCAGCCAGAAACAGUGGUGUUUAUUGUUAGUUGUAACAUAUCCAUAUUAUGGACAUUGAAG